AUGAGUGUCUUGAGCUGCAUGAAGUACCUGAUGUUCAUCUUCAACGUGCUGGUGUUUGUUGGGGGGACAUGCCUGGCAGGCAUGGGAGUCUGGGUGGCCGUGGAUCCUGCUGGUUUCCAGGACAUCGUGGCUGCCAGGGCUGUGCUGAGCGCAGGCGCGUGGCUGCUGCUGGCCGUGGGCAUUGCCCUGUCCCUGUUGGGCUUCCUGGGCUGCUGCGGGGCCCUGCGCCGGAGCCGUCCACUCCUUCUGCUGUUCUUCAUCCUCGUCAGCCUCGUCUUCCUCACGCAGCUCAUUGGGGCCGUUCUCUUUCUGGUGCACUGGAAACAGGUCCAGCCCGAGCAAUUCCUGUCUGAGCUGCAGAGGAACUAUGGUGGGGAUGAGGGUGCUGAGAUCUUCUCCACAGCCUGGAAUACCCUCAUGGUCACGUUCUCGUGUUGUGGUGUUUUAGGACCCGAAGACUUUGGGAACGGCUCCCGCUUUCAGGAGCUGAACCCAGGGAUGCCAUGGCCACGGGCAUGCUGUGCCCGGGAUGGGCUUCUGCAGGCGGGAGAGGUCCUGGGCUGGGAGCAGUGCCAGGACAGAAGCCCUGGCUACAUCCACGAGCAGGGCUGCUUCUCUACCUUCGGCAGGACCCUGCAGAGGUACAUCUCCCUUCCUGGGACCUGCAGCUUAGCCGUGCUGGGCAUUGAGAUCUUUGCCAUGUUCUUCGCCUUCUGCCUUUACUACAACUUCGACUGA